GGCCUACAAAAAUAAGAGAUGGGAGGGGAGGAGAGAUGGUGUGUGGUGACUGGGGGAAGAGGCUUUGCCGCCAGGCAUUUGGUGGAAAUGCUCAUUCGAUAUGACAUGGUUUUGGUUCGUAUUGCUGACUUAGGCCCUCUAUCAAACUAGACCCCGCCGAGGAGAAGGGAAUCCUUGGCGAAGCUAUACAGUCAGGUCAUGCUCAAUACGUAUCGGUUGAUCUUCGGGACAAGUCCCAAGUACUUGAAGGUCACACCCAUUCCAUCUAUUUGUAUAUUUUCAUCGAGGUUGUUUCACUUCUUUGCUAAUACACUUUCCAUCCAUUGUAGAUAACAAGUUUCACUGUUUCAGAUAGUUAGGAACUUGCCAAGGAGCUGAGGUUGUUUUCCAUAUGGCUGCCCCGGAUUCAUCCAUUAACAACCAUCAUUCCGUUAAUGUCAAAGGAACAAAGAAUGUAAUUGGUGCUUGUGUUGACCUCAAAGUUAAGCGACUUAUAUAUACCAGCUCUCCUAGUGUUGUCUUUGAUGGAGUUCAUGGAAUAAUUAAUGGGGAUGAGUCGUUGCCAUAUCCAGCUAAGCACAAUGAUACAUAUUCUGCCACUAAAGCUGAAGGAGAGGCCCUGGUCAUCAAGUCAAAUGGUAGUAAUGGGCUUCUAACAUGCUGCAUCCGUCCUAGCAGCAUUUUCGGUCCUGGUGAUAAAUUACUUGUUCCAUCAUUGGUAUCUGCUGCGAGGGCAGGGAAAUCAAAGUUUCUUAGUGGUAAUGGCAAGAACAUGUACGAUUUCACUUUUGUUGAAAAUGUGGCACAUGCCCAUAUAUGUGCUGAACGAGCUCUUGCAUCGGAGGCGACAGUUGCUGAGAGAGCUGCAGGGGAGGCAUAUUUUGUAACUAAUAUGGAGCCAAUCAAGUUUUGGGAGCUUGUCUCACUUGUUCUUGAAGGUCUUGGCUAUGAAAGGCCAAGAAUUAAGAUUCCAGUCUUUGUAAUAAUGCCAAUUGCACGUCUGGUGGAGUGGACAUAUAAGCUGUUAGCCCCAUAUGGCAUGAAAGUUCCACAGUUCACACCAUCAAGAGUCAGACUUCUGUCUUGCAGCAGAACAUUUAACUGUUCAAAAGCAAACGACCGACUUGGCUACACACCCAUUGUACCAUUUCAGGACGGUCUUAGAAGGACAAUUGAAUCGUACUCGCACUUGAGGGCUGAAUGUCAACCUAAAAAGGAUGGUCCAUCAAAAGCUUUCAAAUAUCUUGGAAGAGGAAGAGUUGCCGACAUACUUCUGUGGAGGAAUAAGAAGGAGACACUCACCACAGUGUUCAUUCUUGUUUCAAUUUACUUCAACUUCAUAGCAUCGGGAUACACCAUCAUCAGUAUGGUUUCAAAGCUUCUCUUGGUGGCAUUUGUUUUUCUGUUCAUCCAUAGCAUCUUACCUAAGAAAAUGUAUGCAUGCUAUUCUCUUUGAACUUCGUUAUACCGAUGUUUCUAGUUUGCUCAAGCUCAAAUUAUUAAUCCCAUAAGCAUAUAACAUAUU